AUAUCUGUUUCUCUGUCCAUCUUUCAGCUUUAAUAGCUUGUUUUUUAAAGGUCAGGAUGGAAUUAUUUUGCAGAACAAUUUUUUUAAAAAUUUUUCUUGCUUUGUAUUGAUUUUUUUUUUAAUCUUUGCCUUCUUAGAAUUGAUAAUAAAUAUUGGUUCCAAGAUAGAAAGAAAAUUGGUGAGGGCUGGACCAUUGGGGUCUCACAGCUAGGAAGUGGCCUGAGGCCAGAUUUGAACCAGACCUUCUGUCUCCAGGCCUGGCUCUCUAUCUAGUAAACCAUCUGGUCACCCCUUUUGUAUUUUUAGUUUUUGCCCCAAGAAGUUGAUGUUCUCUGCCAACACACAACUGAUUCAGGGAUGCCUCCCACACCAGUAAUGCUUUGUUAACUAUUUUUUUAAAAUAUUAAAUUGUAAGGGCUAGGCAUUUGGGCUUAAGUGACUUGCCACAGUUCACAUAACUAGGAAGUGUCUGAGGACAAAUUUGAACCUGGCUUCCCCCUCUCUUUAAAUUUUAACCAAUUUCAUUUUUGUUAUUAGUGGUUACGCCUCUUUCCUUAUCCUUCUUUUACCUGAUGAAAUCUUUGAGGGCAAGACUGGCUUUUCAUUUUCUUUGUAUCCCCAAUACUGAACAAAUAGUCAGCAUUUAAUGCUUGUUGAAUUGGAAUGGGGAUGGUAAAGUGGUUAGGUAGCACAGAGGGUUAAGAGCUGAAUCUGGAAUUUGACUGACCUAAAUGGAAAUCCAGCCUCAGAUACCCACGGGUUGUGUGAUUUUGGACAAGUCACUUCUAUUUUCCUUAGUUGUAAAAUGGGGGUAAUGAUAGCACUUACCUCAGGUUUUUUUUGAGGAUUGGAUGAGAUAUCAAGUGUUUAGCACAGUGCCUGACACAGUAGGUACUAUAUUAAUGUUGGCUAUUAAGCGAUUUAUGAGUUUGCAAUAAUGCACAUUAAUGGUGUUUUGCAAACAAAUUACACAGGUAACAUUAAUAAGGAAAAAUUCUAGUGUAAGAGUUUUCUAGACUUCUUUUCAUAAAAUUCUAUAAAUGCAGAGAAUCAAAAAAGUGCAUCUUGCUACCACUUCAGAGAGAGCCACAAACAGUGGAAGAGAACAUAAAUGUAAAUCCUGAUGUAAUAAUUGUUAUCCUGGGCAAAUCACUGAACUUCCCAGUCCCCUCCCUAAGCAACUUAAAUAUUGCAAAAAUGGUUGCCAAUCUACAUUGGUGGAGGGUGUUUUCUUAGUAUACCAAUAGUCAAAGAUCUGUUUAGGAAAAUCUGGCUUGAUCUCACCACUAGGCCUAGGGAGAUAAACCAAGUUUACAUAAGUGUCCUUUUGGAUAUCAAAAUGGAUUAGCAGAAUGGGAUGCCACUGAAACUUGGACUCAUUUGGGGCUUUUGUAGUGGUUUGGAGUGAAUCACCCACCAAGGAGCAGAGUCUGGGGCUGAAUCUAGUUGGGGAAGAAUAUAUGAAUACAGGCCUAGAAGUUCACAGGAAUGCAGGUGAAGAAACAAUGAGUUAUGCAAGUGACUUGUCCAAGGCUACCUAAAGGUUAAGCUGGGAUUUGAAACCAUUUUGUCUGCACGCCCAACAGUACUGAUGCUCUGGUCCUCUUGGAGCAAGGGUUUCUUAAUCAUUUUUUGUGUUACACACCCCAUGGCAUUGGACCUCAAAAUAACCUGGUAUAAAGAAAACCAGUCAUGCAGAAAUGAUGUUAUUUUCUUUUCCCAUCCAAGUUGACAGGUUAAGAAUCCCUUAAAAAGGGAUAGGAAUCUCAGGCUAACCAGCCUUUGAGGGUCCCUUCUCAAGGUCAGGUUUAUCUCUUCAUCCUAAACAAAGUGACCACUAAGUCAUCUCAUUAACUGGUUGGGUGUCCUUGGACAAGUCACUUCUCUCUAGGACUUUUCUCACAUAAAAUGAAGAGAGGGCGGAGGGGCAGCUAGGUAGGUGGCUCCAUGGAUAGAGUGUCAAGCUUGAAGUUGGGAGGUUCUGGGCUCAAAUUUGUUCUCAGACACUACCUAGGUAUGGGAUCCUGGUUAAGUCGCUUAACCCCCGUUGUCUAGCCCUUGCCCUUCUAUCUUGGAGUUGUUACUAAGACAGAAAGUAAGGGUUCUUUAAAAAAGAGGGGGUGGUUGUAGAUUAGGUGAACUAGUGUGACAGCGUGAUUGAUGCACUUUCUGCUCUGCUACCUAGACCUUGAUGUCUAACAUGAGUUUAGACUGGAUAAGCUGGUGCCAUCCCAGUUCUAACUGAUGCUACAAUUCUCUUCAGCUGUUCUUUACCAUUGGUCCAUGAUGUAAUCUGUUCUUGUCUUACAAAGGAGGAGACUGAGGCACUGAGUCAGUGGCUGGCUGAAGUUCAUCGAAUGAUCUUUGGUAAUGGAAUGACCAGAACAGCAUCCUUAAGGAGACAAAUUUUUUUCUUUUUUUUUCAGGAAUGGAGUUUGACUUAAUACACAUUAUGUGCCUGGCACUGUUAAGCUUUAGGCAUACAAAAAAGAGGGAGCAGACAAUUCCUGAGCUCAAAAGCCUUGUGAACUAACGGGAGGCAAAUUUAUGCAAAAGCCUACAUACAGGAAAAAGAGAAAAUAGCCCUAGCCCUGAAGGUACUACUAAAAACCGCUGGAGGCCUUCUCCCUGGCACUAACUCCAUUUUGACAAGAGGCCAGGACUAGCUUCUCCCCACCCCCAACUUCUCCAACACACCUGCAUAUAUCACAGUUUCAGGGAAAAGUCAAACAAUGACCCAUAUAUAGAGAGCCCUGCAUUCAGCUGUUUGAAAACAAUGGAUUUGAUCCCUUUUGUUCUAGGUCUUCAUGAGCUCUUGGGUAUGAACAGGAGGGUCAUGCCCUUAGCUUUCUUGUAUAUAUGUGACAUUUGGAACUUCCCCUUGUCCAUCACAGCUGCCCUGGGUCUGGGCCCCAGCCCUAGACCAAGUUGAAAUCGUUUCUCUUGAAUGCCUGUGAAGUCUCCUUGCACCAUAAGCCUGUGGUGGUCUCACAGAUGCUGUCGCUAGAGGUGUUCCCUCUCCCAGUGUAGAUGGACCAUAGCACUGCAUAGGAGGUUACAAGGUAUAUCCACCAGGAGCCAGAGUUUGGAUUUCAAAAAAAGCCUGUCUUAUAAAUCAGUACCUGAGUCUGUCUGCCAGGACACUGUCAAAACCCCCAUCCAUGUUGCCCUCAUGUAAUUUUUUUGUCUUUUUCAAGGAGGACCUUUAUUUUCAGCAUAAAGGCUGGUAAGAAUGUUUUUGCCUUGUGUCUUAGAAAUCUAAUUGAAAAAUAUUUUAAGUGAGAAGCUCAGGGCAGGAAGUGGCUUCAGGGUAAAAGGAGAGACAAAAGCUAAUAGACAAAAUCCAAGAAAUGAACCAGCAGGAAAACAAAUAUCUUUAAAUGAAUUUGCAGUGUGGUGAAUUUGCAGUGUAGACAAAUGAAGUCCUUGACUUCAUAGGUAUUAUGGAGGCAGAGGAAACCUUUGAUUGGAAUGUGGUUCUGGGUAGCAGGAAAGAGUGCCAGAGAGGCACUGUGCUAAGUGCUUUGCAAAUAACCCAUUUGGUCCUCAUAGCAACCAUGGCAAGCAGAUACUAAUAUGAUGCCUAUUUCACAGUUGGGGAAACUGAGGCAAAUAGGUUAAUUGACUUGCCCAGGAGCACACAGCUGGUAGGUGUUUGAGGUCAGAUUCAAACUCAGGACUUCCUCGCUCUAGGCCCAGUGCUUUACCACCUAGCUACCUUUACAAGUAUACAUUGUACAAAAGAAAUCACAUGGGUAAAAGAUAGGUUAAAGAAGCAGUGUAUAAAGAAAUUCACAAAGAAUUCUAGGAGCUGGAGGAGGGAAAGCAUGAAGAUUUGCUUAGAUGAAGGUCAAUGCAGAGAUAUUUUGUCAUCCAAACAUACUAUAGGCCACCUAGACAGGAAGAAGUAGAUGAAUUUGGGAAACAUUACACACCUGGCACAAAGGUAAUAUAUAAAUGGCACUGUGGAUAGAGCACCAGGAGAUGAGGGGUCCUGGGUUAAAAUAUAGCCUCACUAGUUGUGUGAUUUUGAGCAAGUCACUUAAUCCCUAUUGCCUACUUAUUGAUUCUAAGACAGAAGGUAAGUCCUAAAAAGAAAAAUGUUAUACAAUUGUGGGAGUCACUCCAAUUAUCUAGGCAUAACUGGCAGUUUGGGGAUAGUGCAGAAAUAAAUGACCAUUGCCCCCUUGAAUUUUAGGUAGAGGGGAGGAAAACUUAUGUGAUCUUUCAUUCUUGUUUUUGGGAAAACAUUACAAAAUCUUUUCUAGAAAGAUUAGUGAGGGUUCCUUUGAGGAAGAAUAGCAAGAGAUUUUGUGAGAAUAAUAUCUGGAAGGCUAAAGCGGGGCAUGGACUUUAAUUUUGUGACAAAUGCUCAUGCAAUGAAAAGUGGGCAAUGGGAAGAGCCAGGCAGGGAUUAAAAGUAGUGGUUGGCAUGGAUGGAAGAUGAUUGGAUGGAUAGAAGACAUAUUUUCUUGGCCAAGGAAAAUGAUCUUCAGGCACAGAAAGACAGGGUAAAAGUGGACCCAGAAUGGGAACAUGGGCAAAGAUAUGCUAAGUGAUUCUUCAUUGAGUUCGUUGUUAAGCCCAGAGGCACAUCAGAAUACUUAGGAGAGAAUUUGAAAAAUCAGUGAUCACUGAAGGCUUGUGAAUAAGGGAAGAAGUGCUGAUGGUGAAAAUGGGCAACUAUCUGCUAUCAGAGAUGAGGUCAGAAAAGAGGGUACUGUAAUAGUCCAGACAAGCAGUGAUAUAGAUAGCCAAGGGAUGGGGAGAGGUGGUUCUAAAAGGAAGAAAUUCAACCUGUUUAUGGUUAUAGAAAAAAAAUGCCACAGAUCACUCAUUAUUGGAGAAAUGAAAUUAAAGCAACUCUGAAGUUCCUUCCACCUUACACCCAUCAGAUUAGCAAAGUUAAUUUGCCACAAAAUGUUAAAUGUAGAAGGAGCUCAAGGAAAAUAUGUAUAUUAAGGGACUGUUGGUCUGUGAAUUGGUUUGGCUUUUCUGGAAAAUCAUUUGGAACGAUGCCCAAAGAUAUUAGACUACAUACCCGUUGAACCAACCAGCAAUAAUUUAACUAGGUUUAUAACCCAAAAAGAUCAAGGAUCAAGGAAAGAAAAGAUCUUAAACAUAAAAAAUUAAUAACAGCUUUUUUUUUUGUAGUAGCAAAAAAAAAAAAAGAAUCCCAAAGACAAAAACCAUCCAGGAAACUAGGGACCUAUCAACUGGGGAAUGAGCUGAACAAAUUAUGGUAUAUGAAUAAAAUGGAAUGUUAUUGCACUGUAAAAAAUGAAAACAGGGCAGCUGGGUAGCUUAGUGGAUUGAGAGCCAGACCUAGAGAUGGGAAGUCCUAGGUUCAAAUCUGACCUAAGACAAUUCCCAGCUGUGUGACUCUGGGCAAGUCACUUGACCCCAUAGCCUAGCCCUUACCACUCUUCUGCCUUGGAACCAAUACACAGUAUUGAUUCCAAGAUGGAAGGUAAGGGUUAAAAAAAAUUGAUAACAGUUUCAAAAGAACCUGAGAAGCUAGUGUGAAUCGAUGCACAAUGAAGUAUAUAUAUCCAGGUUAACAGUUUGUUUUACAGCCACAUCAUGGUAAAAAUGAACAAUUCUGAAAGAAUUAGGAGCCCUCAUUGAUGGCAUGAUCAAGAGUACUUCCAGAGGACCAGUGGUGAAGAAUGCAACCCCUCUUCUAACAUAGAUAUGACUGACUCAUGGUGCAGAAUAAGACACAUUUGGGAACAUAAUUGGUGUGGGAAUUUUGGUUUCACUAUGCUUGUUUGUUACAAGGACAGAAGGAGGUGAUAAGGAAGUGAGGGAGGAAAAAAAUGCUUGUUAAUUGGAAAAAAAAUUUAAAGUGUUUCAUGAAUUUGGGAAACAAAUAUAUUUAAUAGCAAAUGUCAGAGGUGUGAUGUUAAAGUAUUUUAAAAUGUGUAGGGAUUUCUUCAGAGCUUCUCGUUGCUAAGCAGUUUUGAAAUUUCUCAAUCUUUGUGUAGAGUCAAAGCAUGAGGAACAACCCUAGGAGGGGGGUAUCAGAGGGAGGAAGGAGAAGAAACUGAGUACUAGUAAGAGGGGGGAAGAGUAUCCAAAAAGGGUCCUAAGUACCAAUGAGGAACACUAAAUAGGAAUGAAAAAGUCUGUCUAGGUAUCUUCAGUGCCUUGCUUUUUAAGUUAGAUUUUUACCAGGGAGGGGAGGAUGGGUACUAGGGAUACAGACAAAGUACCAGAUAUUGGAACUGAUUCCCAGUUAGUCAAUCAAUGAACAGCCAAUUUAUUAAAGGCUUAUAUGCCAUCAUUGUGCCAAUAAUAAUAAUUAGCAUUUACAUAACACAUGAAGGUUUGCAGUGCUCUCUACAUAGAUAGAUUGCUAAUCUAUUCUUACAACCCUGUGAAAAUUAGGUGCUCUUAUCUCCAUUUUUACAGAUGGGAAAAUAGAGUUAACUUACCGAGGUCACAUAGCUAAUAAGUAUCUGGAUUCAAACUCUGGUCUUCCUGACUGGAGGGCCACUGUACCUCUUCUGCUUCAGUUGCUACCCUGAGGAUACAAAGACAAAAACAGUCACUACUCUCAGAGUUCACAUUCUACCCAAGAGAGAAAGUCUGAGAAGGAAAAGAAAAACAGAGAAGGGAGGAAGAGUGCCAAGGAUGGGGGGUGGAUGUGACCUUGGGCAAGUCUCUUAGCUUUCCCUGGCUUUGACAUCCUGUUAUCUGUAAAAAAGAGGGGUUAUAUGAGACGGUCACUAAGGUCCCUUCUCACUUUAGAUCUGUGACAUGGGGCAGCUGGGUGGUUCAGUGGAGAGAGUGCUCAGACCUGUAGUCUGGAGGUCCUGGGUUCAAAAUAGGUCUCAAAUCUAGCUCGCUGACCCUGUGGGUAAGACACAACUCCCAUUGCUGAGCCCUUACUGCUCUUCUGCCUUAGAACCAAUAUUGAUUCUAUAAGAUAAGGGUUAAAAAAAAAAAGAUCUGUGACAGGAUCCGGGUGGUCGAAGUGGGGGUGGGCUCUGCGUCACAGGCGGGGGGCGUGUGCUGGGCUUCUCAGCCCGGUGACACUCCGUCUGCUAGAGGGCGGGCAGGUGGGCUCUGGGGACUCCGCGAUUGCCGGGCGAUGCAUUUCUGAACCCGAUGACUGGGGCCAGAGGACCGGCAGCAGGUGGUCUCUGAGGGGAGGGCGGGCAGGUGGGCUCUGCGGGGGCGCCGUGACUCCGGGGCGAUGCGUUCCUGCCCCCGAUGACAGGGGCCCAUGAAUCACGCGGGGCUGGCACGGGACCCUGCCUGGCCCGUCCUUUGAAGGGACGUCCCCGUGGCCAUAAAAGUGGCCUCCAUCCUGUGGCUUCACGGCUAGAGGACUGUGGAGAUGACGAGACUUGUGCUCCGGGUCGGUAAGUGUGUCCAGAUCCCGCGAUGCUUCCUCGCUCCCAGCCCCAGUCUCUUUCAGACAGGUGUGCCGAGUCCCCCGCUCUGCCCCGCCGACGCUCCUCACCUCAGCGACGAGAAGGGGCUGCGGGGAGCCUCGGGAAGGACGGACUCGAAUGCUCGCGGCUCUCCUGCAGAGCUUCUCUGCCUCUGAAAGGCUGGGCACCUCUCCGGGUGGCUGUGAGGGGUCGGGGCGGGGGGAGGGGGCUGCUCCCGUGGGAGUUUGGGCAAAUCUCGUCACUUCCUCGGGACUCCGGCUCUUCUGCCAAAGGGGAAUACAAACAUUGGCACUCGGACCCUGGUUUAACCCUCAUGCUCCAGCUCCAGCUGGGUGCCUCCUUCAAACUGGUGUGCUACUUCACCAGCUGGGCCCAGUACCGCCCGGGGCCUGCCUUAGUCUUCCCCAAGGACCUGGACCCCCAUCUCUGCACCCACCUGGUGUACGCCUUUGCUUCGAUGCACAACAACAGGAUUAUCCCGGGAGAGAAGGAUGAUGAAAAGGAGAUCUAUCCACAGCUUAUCAAGCUCAAGGAAAGAAACAAGGAACUCCGAACGCUGCUGUCCAUCGGGGGCUGGAACUUUGGCACGAGCAGAUUUACCACAAUGCUCUCCACGCGUGAGAACCGGAAAAGCUUCAUCUCCUCAGUCAUUGACUUCUUGCGGAAGCACUCCUUUGAUGGGCUUGAUCUUUUCUUCCAGUACCCGACAUUUAGGGGAAGUCCUUUCCAGGACCGGGACCGGUUCUCCUUCCUGAUCCGAGAACUCCUGCUUGCAUUCCGUAAAGAGUCCAAGGCCACUAGGAAACGCAGGCUGCUGGUCACUGCGGCUGUGUCUGGUGACUAUCACAUCAUCAACCUUGCCUAUGACGUGGCCUACAUUGGCAGUAUUCUGGAUUAUAUCAGUGUCUUGACUUUUGACUUCCACGGAAGUUGGGAUAUGGUCACUGGGCACAAUAGCCCCCUGUAUGGAUCAAGUUGGAAAAGGAAGCAAGGAGACUACUUAAAUUGUGAAUUUGCCAUGAAGCUGUGGGAAGAGAAGGGAGCUCCCCGAGAGAAGCUCAUCAUGGGGUUUCCUACCUAUGGACGUACCUUUGACAUUCUGAGCUCUAACAAGGGAGUAGGGGCUCCUGCUUUUGGACCAGCAUCCCCUGGGAAUUAUACUCAGGAAUCUGGGUUAUGGGCUUAUUAUGAGAUCUGUCCCUUCCUCAAGAAGGCCACUGUGAAAUGGGUUGAUCAGCAAAGAGUCCCCUAUGCUUAUAAGAAGAAUGACUGGCUCAGUUAUGAUGAUACCCACAGCUUUGCUUAUAAAGCAUGGUUCAUAAGGGAAAAACAAUAUGGAGGAGCCAUGGUAUGGUCCUUGGAUCUGGAUGACUUCAGGGGCUCUUUCUGUGGGCAGGGUCGUUUCCCUCUUGUUAAUACGUUAAAGGACCUCUUGACUGAGAGUAAGUUCCACUCAACUCUUCCACCUCCAACGAACCUCCAGAUUCCUCUUGAUGUUUCUACUUUGACCCCUCAAAGGAAGACUUCUCCCCAUCAAGAAAUGCCAGGACCUCUUAAUACCACCCCUUACAAUUUGGAGGUGACUCCAACAUCUUACCGUAAUUCCAGCACUCAGAAUGUACACAAGCUGAACUUUAUUACUCAGUGGCUGAAGAAGACCUCCUCUGCUCCUAGAUAUACUACUGUUCCACCUGUUGGUAGCACCCCAUCUCAGAGCAUCCACACCUUGAAAGCAAGCACCCAGGUUCCACUGAAGAAGACCUCCUCUGCUCCUAGAUAUACUUCUGUUCCACCUGUUGGUAGCACCCCUCCUCAGGGCACCCACACCUUGAAAGCAAGCACCCAGGUUCCACUGAAGAAGACCUCCUCUGCUCCUAGAUAUACUUCUGUUCCACCUGUUGGUAGCACCCCUCCUCAGGACACCCACACCUUGAAAGCAAGCACCCAGGUUCCUGGUAACCCCACCAUUCUCCAUGUAGAUAGGAAAAGCCCCCCUACUGGCUCCACUGUCCCUUCUCACAAUUUUCCCAUCUCCAAACCAGUACCCCCCACUACAAACCGGAAUACUUCUCUGUAGAUAUAGAAAAAGAACCUGUGGUACCCAGAAAGAGAAGGGAAAACUCUGGGCCUUCUGAAGCUGCAAGUGUUGGACAAGUCUCAUUUGUUAGAAUAGAGACAUGAGGCACCUGAGCUCAUCUUUUUAAAACAUGUUGUUUUUUUUAAUGAAUAAAACAGAUGAAUUUAAGAA